AUGGCGGAUGAAGUUGACCUUCGAGAGAAAGUAAAGAAAUACGAGGAAUUUGUGAAUGACAAGUUAAGAACAGAUCUUGAAACUGUAAGGAAAAAUCAAGAGGAGGUGAAUUCAAGGAUCAGUGAAUAUUUACAACUGAAGAGUGUAAUAGAAAACAUUAAAAGUUCUGAAGAAUCCCGUUCGGGGAGAGAAUUAAAGACUCAAGUGGACCUUGGAUGCAACUUCUACUGCCAGGCGCGCAUAGCAGACCCAUCAAAGAUAUUAGUGUUAGUGGGCUAUGGAUUCUAUGUGGAGUUCACAUUGGAAGAGGCGCUUCGUUUUAUAGAGAAAAAGUGCAAUCAAUUAACUAUGCAUAGUCAAAAAUUGGGACAAGAUUCUGCUAGGAUCAAGGCAAAUAUUAAACUUGUUCUAGAAGGGCUUAGAGAAUUACAGGGCCUUCGUCCGGUAGAAAAAGAGCCUAGGCCUAUCUGGUGAAGGAAGUUUGGGAGCAACUACAGAAUGCAGGGCCAAAUCGUAAGGACUCUCAUGGAAGUGGCUUGGUGGCUCCCUAGCAAAGACCAAUGUUUAAAGAACGAGGAAGAUAAAUACUAAAUGUUAUAAAGUGUUAGAUAGCAAUUAAGGUAUAUAGGUAAAAGGGAUGGUAUACAUAAGUGGGUUGGUGGGUUGGUGGCUCCUUAGUGGAGGCUAGAGUCGUGAAGAGUGAAAAAGGUAUAUACCUGCCAACUUUUUCUGAGAUAUAAGCGUGAGAUUUUUAUUCUGGGAGCUGCUGGGAUUUUUGAAGACGACACGAUCAUUUCUGAAGAUUCCCGAAGAAGUCCGAAGUCUGCUGAAGACGUCCAAGGUCUGCCGAAGGCGAAGUUAUCGAAAAAACGCUUAUCCACAAAAUCAGCGAUCGCGAGGAAGGUAUUGUCAUUUAUUCAUUUUACACAUGGUUUUCAUUCCUUACAUGGGUCUGAGUUAACAUAUUUUUGGAAAUUGUGUCAAGCAAGACGGCAACAACUCACAUUUUUCAAUCAGGUGUGAGAAAUUGGCCCGCAAGCGUGAGCCGGCGUGAGAUCGAAGUUUUCAACCCGCAGGCGUGAGAGUUGGCAGGUAUAAAGGUAUAUAUUUUAGUGGCCCAGCGGCUCAGCAGUCUUGACUAAAGAUCCACAGAGCAACUUGAAUGAUAAGGUCAUUUUAUCUCACUUUUAUCUCUUGCCGGGGGCGUUUAUUAAAUUUCAAGGGUCCAAGGGGGGGCGUUUAAAAGAUAAGAGGCGUUUAAAAGAGAGAGGCGUUUAUUCUAAUAACUGUAACAUGGUAACCUAAAUACGGUAUUAUAAUAAUCUAAAUGACAGAGCUUUAGCAGACUAUCAAGUCCGUCCGCUGGUAAGUCUAAACCGUCUACUAAUCCAUAACGGUGUAAUUUAUGGUACAUACAAAGUGGCCGAAAAGGGUACCGUACUGGUAGUUCUUAUAGCUCAAUGUCAACAUCCAAGUCCUGGUUGAGCACCAUGGUAUUUUCAUCGCCGGCCUCUUCUUUGUCCGAGUUAGUUAUUGCUUGAAAUGGGAUCAAGAACAUUAAAGAACACUAUCCUCACUUUGAACUGGAAAUUGAGCAAGAUGCAACUCCCACACCGGUGUUAAUUAAGCAAGAACGCAAAUAAAUUGAUUGAUUGUAUUGCACAUCUGUUUUCAGUUUAUGUGUGGUUUUCAGGGAAGGGGGGCGUUUAUGACACAGAGGGCGUUUGUUGGAGAGGGGCGUUUAAUACAAACUUGUCAGCUUAGGGGGGCGUUAAUAAGAUAAGAGGCAUUCAUUAGAGAGGGGGCGUUUAUUAGAUCAUUUACAGUAAGUGUGGUCAUCUUUUGGCCAUGCGAAACAGAGCUAGUAACAAAAUGAUGUUCUACCUCUGAAGUCUUGAACCAGUUUAUUAUAUUUUUUUAUUAUAUAGACAUGAGUGUUUUACUGGAAAAUAUACCACUCGUAAAAUUCAUAAAAACCACAUCCGGGAGCUGAGUGGUUUAUUUUCCAUAAUCUCACACGUGAGUUUAUUGAUGACAUAAUUUCGGUAAUUUCCAUUUAAUAUUUUAUCGAGGUCUUUUUGUCUAUUUAAUAAAAAGAACAUUACACUGCGGCUUGAAGAUAUGAAUUAUAUUUUCUCAUGGUAAAAACAAUAUUUUACUCACUUGCUGCAGUCGUUCGUAAAAUGUUGUUUUGCCACUCGAAAAUAAAAUUUAUAUCUUCGCGCCACCGUGUACUGUCCUCUAUAUACUUCUCUCUAUAUAUGCUUAUUGGAAACUGAAUCAUUGAAUGAUGCAAUUCUUGAGCUCUGAUUGGCUUAGCCAUCAUGGUAUAUGAGCCAUUAUAAGCUGCACUCCAAAUAUGGUAGCACCCUGCAGGCUAUCCUAAACACAGUCCAAUGUCCUUUUUCCUAAUCAAGGUAAUAAAAUUGAGGGUGUUGUCCUUAACAGGGUACGUAUUUUAGGACUUUUUUUGUCCUAAACAGGUUCAGAGUCUCAAACCCUCAGCGGAUCACCUAUACCCAAAUAUUGAUCGAGUACCCCCCACCCCCCUCCUGGGGACUUUUUUCUUUGGCAGAACAGCGAAACGUCUAGACUUGCUACAAGUUGACCUGUUGGACUGAAGAUUAAAACCUCUGGUACCCAGGGUAGACCCAUGGCUAUAGACGGAUUUUGUGGCUGUGAAAAAGCCAAGAAAGUUUUUUAGUUUUGCCAUUUUUUCAUAUUUUCCCUGGAUAUUUUAAAAGACAAUACCAUUCACAGCAGUUUCCAAGGAUGCAAAGCUCUAAACUUGGCAUGUGAAAGGGGUACCAUUUGUCAGUGGAAGGUAAAUGAAAGGGGGUUUUUCUGUCAAAAAUGGUAUGAAAAAGCUAAAGGGUUAGACCUCAGGGUGGAGCCUCUCCGUUUAAAACUUUGCUGAUUACAACCCCUCCCCCGCUGAUUUUUCUAAUCGCGCUCCACAGAAACGAGGCGAGUGACCCCUGAACCGUUUGCAUGUGAUCCCAUCACGUAUGUGUCCCGGCCUCACGAAGAACAUCAACAACACUUUUUGUACAACAAAGAAAAUGCUGUAUCAUCGCCCGUCCGCAAUUGGACCUGCGAUAGUUUUGGGGGAUUGUGUCAUUUACAUCACUUAAUCAUGGUUAGUUCUUGACUUACAAGUUUUUUUCGAAUUUAUUUGAUGGUACAGAAUAUUUGCGUGAGCAAAACAGCAGCGUUAAUUCAAGUUGAUAGAUAAUGAUACCAAGAGUUUGCUCCCGUUUCUCCUGGAGUUUUUCUAAAGCCAUCCUUCGAAGGUCAAAUGUAUCUGGCUUGCAUUUUCUACAACGUCGAUAUGUGCACGAGGAACCCAAAGUGAAGAUUCCAGAUUUCUCGCAGGAGUUUAAGGGAAUGGAUGCCUCUUUCCCUUGUCUGACGGAACAACCCACGCGGUAUGUGACAAUAACAGGCAAAUUGUUUCAUGCUUUGUCUGCUUCACCGGUUAAUUGUUUGCCUUAUGAAAUUCUAUCUACCAUAUAAAAUUUAAUUAUCGCUUCAGCGAGGUAUAUUGUUGGUAGUUUCAUAAUAUUUUAAUUCCUGGAUAUCAGUAUCUAGCGCCUGAUUGCACAUUUUCCUAGUAGGGGUAUUUUCAAGAAAGCCUUGUACAUUUUGGGGGAUGGGGAGGGGGGAGGUAAGGAGGCUCCCACGGAGGUAGGGUGAACCUUUUAUAAAGGUAGAUUUCUACUGUGGUGUAGUAUUUAUUUUUAUGUGGGUAAUAAAAAAAUAGAGGCAAUGUAUGAGUGUCGCAUAAAUGUAAAAGUUGAGUGCCCGGGUUCAACUUUUAUGUUUACAUGUGACCUUUCAUACAUGCAUUGCCUCUAAUAUAUUUAUGCAUGAAAUUUUAGGGGCAUACACACAUAUAAAGUAAGUGACAGUGGAAAUCCAACCUUAUGAAGCGAGGGAAAAUAUUAGACAUCAUUUGGGGACAGGGACUACAUAAUAAGUAGAUGCGAAGAAAGCAGUCUAGCUGCUGAUCUGAUAGACUGCUGGCAGUCACUCUGGAGUGCCUGGUUUCAAAAUGGGGAUGGAUUUUAUUUAUUUACCAGCUUUUCUGGACACAGGCCUGCCCAGAGAGAAUGCGCAUGAACGGGACUCAGGUCCCAUGCAAGGUGCCAUCCCUACCCAAUCCCACAACCCGUAAAGGUUGGCCACACCACCGGGGUCUACGACCCCUACUCUUUUCGAAUAGUGAUGUGGGUUCUUUUACCUUCCACAAGAAUAAAUCGGUGAAAGUGUUGUGAGAUAGGACCUAUGGUUUUUUGUCCUAAUUAUCUGAGAAGACUAGAAAGUCUAACCAUUUGCAGAUUUCAUUACAAAGGCACCACUUUCUUCUCAGUUAUUUAAAGACCCUGAGUGUUAGUCCGGCCGGGGUUUGAACCCACGAUCUCCUGCUCGGCAGACCAGCGCUUUCCCAACUGAGCUAACCAGGUGGCGGUUUUUGGGUUGAGGGGCCGUUUCUCGAACAUCCCAGUAAUUAAAUGGCCUGGAAAGCUGUUGGUUUUUACAUUCAAGACCAAAGUUUCAAUAGCUUUGCAAAUAAUAUGAUAAAACUCUAACUUAACAAAACAAAAUGGGCUGGGUUGUUAGUGGGGACCUGGGCUUUUAUUUCUUAGGUCUUGAUUUGAAUAUUUGAUCUCAGGCCUGAAAAAUUACCCUGUCUUUCGAGAUAUGGGCCACUGUCUGAAAAUGGGUUUGGAAAAAUAAAGGGCGGCAUGUUUUAGUCAGAAGUAGGGUCAGGAUUUGGUGAACCAAUAGUACAUACCCACCUUUAAUAUUAUUCUUAUGAUUACCCCUUCCUGGGGUAGGAGUGUUGUUUUUACUGGUUGGCAUUCUAAGGAGGGCAUGAAAGGUCUCAAAGAAAAAUAAAUUGCAGAAAAUAUACCAGGAAGAUGUCAAAAUUUUCACGGCGUUACAAAUGGUCCCGAAAUGUAAAUAUCUGUAAGAAAGAAUUUGCUCUUCAUGUUAAGUUCUGCUUGGCAUUUAAAGAAAAACAGCAUUUAACUGUUCCCUUGGUUUCACUAGGUCCAGUUCUGCUGGUGUUGAUCCAGUAUACUCCAAAAUAAAUUCAGGUUACAAGACAUAUCAUCAUGACCGCCCAUUUUUCUUCAAGUACAAUGAUGGCGUUGUACCUCAGCUAGAAGUUGCAUAUGAAACCUGGGGUGAGUUGAAUGAAGCAAAAGACAAUGUGGUCCUUUUGUGCACUGGCCUGUCUGCUUCAUCGCAUGCUAAGAGUCAUUCAGUAAGUACUCUCUUUUUCACCCAUCAGGUUCUGUCUGUAGUAUGCACAGAUCUGGGAAAAUAAUUUUGCCAGACAAUGGAUUUGGCUGGUUUGUGGGACUUAACAUUUGUGUGAAUAAUGUUGUAGUUGUUUGUUCUCCUAUUAAAGAUUGAGUCAAAAUAUAGUUACAGUUCAUUGAAAGGAAAACUAUUAAUAAGGUCCCCCUUCGAUUAAUCACCCUCCUUCCUGAAGUGACCCUCCAUUUAGCAAAAAAAUUUUGAAUAAGUACCCAGGUACUUAUUCGUGGAAAUAGGUUACUCAUGAAUAUUGAAUAUUUAUUGUGUACCUUGCUGUCACAUACACGUACUGUAAUGCAAAAUUGUACAAUGUAGGUUACUUGAAUGUACAUGUAUUUUAUGCAGGACAAUACUACACCAGGCUGGUGGGAGAACUUUAUUGGCCCUGGCUGUGCUUUGGAUACUGAUAAGUUCUUUAUCAUUAGCUGCAACAAUUUAGGAGGAUGUUAUGGUACUAGGUUGGUAAUUGUCAAAUUUGUUGUUCUUGAAUUCUACAUCAUUUUGUAACUAACCUUAGGAUGUCUGAAGAUAAUAUAAUAUGUUUACAUAUAUUUUAUUCAUUUAUUUUUUUUUUACAGUGGACCUUCAUCAAUCAAUCCUUUGACAAACAAGGUAGUUUACUCUGCCUCUGUUUUAUUUUAUUGUUUAUUAUUUUUGUUGCAACAUGUACCUGACGACUUGUCAAUUUCUGCUGAUAGUGCCCACCCAUCAGUCAAUCACCCCCUGUAGUAUUUUUCAGUGUUACAAGUAAACAACACUUUUGAACAUACACAUAUUUCUGAAUCAACGUACUAAUAAUUAACAAAUGGUAAAUGGCCCAGAGUGUACUAUUGAGUUAUAGUUGCAUGCAGGAGGUUGCUAUUAAUUAAAGCUUAAAAGAAGCGUAAGAGUCGCACAAGGCAAUAGCCAAGUGCGACUUUAGCUUCUUGAGUGCUUAGCAAUCCUCCCAAGUGCAACUAUAACUCAAUAGUACAUGGUGAGCCAUUUUACAUAAUCAAAAGAGAACAACUUUUAAUUUUGCUCACAAAAAGCAGGGGAAUGAUGUGAGUGCUGUAAUCUGCUCGAAAAAGAUCGUUUUGCUGAGUAAUUAGUUCUCUGUCUCAGUUUUACAUUAUCUUUAGCAUUCUUUUUAAACUUUCUAUCAGUAAUGAAAGAAAAUCUUUGCAAACCAUGAGGUUAAAAAAAUAUAGUUGCGUAGAAAAUAGCGUGUAUGGCUUUGAGUGUGCACUAGCUUUCACCACCAUUCACUCAUGGGCAAAUAGUAAAUGUCACUAAAAAUGACCAAUAAGAGUGCUCACUUUACGCUUGUUAUGUUAUAAUUUUCUUUACAGCCUUAUGCCACAACCUUUCCCCUUGUGAGUGUUGAUGACAUGGUUCAUGCCUUCUUUCUGACCUUGGAUUCAUUGGGAAUAGGAAAGGUUUGUGUAACAGCAAAACUGAUUUUUUUUCUUGUAUUUUUUAACCACUUUUUUCUUAAAACAUGUUCCCAAUUUUAUUGGUUACCCCAGGUUCAUGCUGUUGUAGGCGCAUCUUUGGGAGGCAUGUCAUCUCUGAAUGCAGCAGCUCUGUAUCCUGAUAGAGUAGGAAGGUAAGGGUGGUAUUCACUCUGAUAUAACACCAGUGUAGCUUACAAAUCACAACUAUAUGUAGCUGACAAGCAUAAUAUCAUAAUUUAUUUGCCAAUAAUUUAUUGUUUUAUACAUUGAUCGUGGGGAUAGGAGCAGUAACAGUAAAAUAGAUCCUAGCUGCCAGGCAAGCAGGAAGGAACAGGGCUAAGGAGAUUGUGGCUUAUAAGCUUUAGAGAAAAGAGAAGACUUAGAUUAUCUUGAAGUUGUAAGAAAAUCUGAGUAAUAGUGGAUAUGGGGGAAUUAUUUAUAGUACCUGGAGUUUGUAAGCCCACUUACAGUAAAGUACUGCACAACACUCCUUGGCUUUGAAGGUGCAGUUGUUUGAUAUAACCAUCACUGAUAGAGGUUUUAUUUUGAUGGUGUGUGAGGCCACUGUCUCUGAUGCUGUCCCACGGGGACAGCAGGGAGCUUUUCACAGGGGACUUAUGCUAGUGUCUAACUGGGAUAUGAAGGCAUACCUUAUGCCCCUCAGUCCAGUCCGGAGUCCCCACUUUGUUUGACCCAAUGUCCAAUACUCACUUCUAGAUAUGAAAUAGUUUCAUGUAUAUAGUAGUUGUGUGAAGUGUACGUUCUUGCAAUGGGCAGGUCAUUAUCUUUGUCUUCUUGUAACUAUCAUUGAUAACAGGUAGGGGUCCACAGGGACUCACAACCCCCUAGCAACACUCUUGCCUCACCUCACCAGCUUUUUAUACUCUCAGGCCAUGUUUGGGACUGGUGCUUCUAGAAUCCUGUUUUCAGGGCGGUUGCUUCUUUUUAAGAAGUGUUUAACAAGUCUUUAAUUUUUGCAGAGUGGUAACGAUUUCUGCUUGUGCCCAAUCACAUCCAGCAUCAAUAGCUCUCCGUUAUGUGCAGCGUAGAAUACUGAUGAGUGACCCCAACUGGAACAAAGGCUUUUAUUAUGAUGGACCCUAUCCAAGACUUGGAAUGAAACAUGCACGGUCAGUUCGGCUAUAUCUAAAACAUAAUGAUUUGAUUCCUAGCUCAGUAGGCCAUUCAUUUCUUACUGACGUUAUAUUCCAUCUAGUUUUUCUCUUCUAAUUGAAAUUGUUUUAAUCCCGCCAUUAUUCUAGUAAACAACUAUAGUCCUAAUUUUUGCAAGAAAACAAAAUUCUGAAGAAUUGUUUUAGUUGUAGUCAAGAGAGGGUCCUAUCAUCUCUUUAGCCUGCGUAACAGGCAUUAUUUUUUCUCCUUUUUUAGGUGAGCUAAGGCAAAUGCAAAGCAAGUGAGGAGUGCCAGACACGUGAGAUGGCGGAAGGCAUAUGUCUAGAGCUCCUUGCUCGCUUCGUGCUUGCCUUCGCUCGCCUGAAAAAGGAGAAAAUUAACGCCUGUUAUGCAGGCUACUUUGUUGUAAAAUGAUGUCCUCUUGAAAGGUCUUGUUGCAUAACUAGGGUUCCCAUUUGACUACAUGUACAUCCAAACAUUUGGAAAGAGAGACCGUAUUCAUUGCUCUCGCCCAGACUCUGGUAUCAAACUCUCACGGAAACUCUAGCUGCGUUAGUUAAGGCUCACUUAACAAAGCUGAUUGAUGGAUUGUUUUUCAAUUAGAGAAGUGGCUACGAUUUCAUACCGCAGUGGACCUGAGUGGGAGCUGAGAUUUGGGCGGAAACGUAUUGAUGAUCCCGUUACAAUAUCACCAGAUCUCUGCCCUGAGUUUGAGAUUGAAAGUUAUCUCGACUAUCAGGUGCAACUUUUAUUACAUGCUAAAACGAAAAAAAACUUAAGCUUAUGAAUGGUAUAAGAGAAAAGCGACCCAACUCGUAACCUCUAAGCUGCGAUUGGGUACGCGCAAAAGUUCACGUGAAAAACAACUCCAAAUAAAAGGGCUUUUUUGUUCAUAUUUUACUCCUUAAUGAGCAUUUCCUUGAAUUACUUUUCAAAGUGCCACGCAGCUCACUUUUUUUUUUUUGGUGAAGAGUUCACCUGGCUAAUCAGUUGCAAACAUUUGCAUUUGUCCUCUCGUCGACGGAAUUGUGGUAAUUCUGACACGCAAUGCUUCAACCAAACGUAGGCAAUGAGGAAACCAGAGACGAGACAAAAAAAUAAUCGUAGGUAUUAAGUGAUGAAGCAACUGAGUAUCUAACGACAAGCAGACCAAACUGGCAGAGGACAAAAUGACCUGAGGUCGAAGUAAUGAGUCAAUAGAACAGUUCUUUAAGGGGAAGCUAGUGAGGUGAUGCUUUUUCAAACUUAGUGGCUUAUAGUUCCAUUCCAGGUUUCACCGAGUGUUAAAAUGAUUUUGAUCAUAUCAUUGCACUUGUCAUAUAGUAUAUUGACAAUACUGUCAAAUCCUGUGAAAUAUAAGUAGUUUAGAGAAGGCUGCGUUGUCGAUGUCGUAUCUUUAGAGUGGAUUUAUUAACAGAGAUUUACCAUUACAAAUGUGUUUUUUUUUUCAUGGUUUUUUCUGCUUUACCAGGGUGAUAGCUUUUGUCUCAAGUAUGAUCCCAACUCGCUGCUGUACAUAUCAAAGGUAACCAUUAUAGGCCACCGCGCCUCUCAUCCCUCCUUGUAAUGAGAAACAUCCCCUCUGAGACAUGUCUUAUUGUGACUGCAGUUGAAAGCAUGAUUUUUUCCUGAUUCACUUGACAGGCGAUGGACCUGUUUGACUUAGGAGAAGGCUUCAGUUCUCUCUCAGAAGGAGUGGCAAGAAUUCAGUGCCCGACUCUGGUAGGUACUGGGCAGCGAGUCAUGUAAGCGUUUUCUUCUUUGUUUUUUUUAUCUUACUGAGAAAAGUUUUGUUUAAAAAAGUGGACGUUAUGUUACCUUUUGGUGCUGAAGGAUGUGGGCCUAGCCUUGUUUUAUUUAACCAUUAGGCCACCUCCCCUCCCAUCCUCUCCUUGUAAUGAGACACAUCUUACCAUUUACCUGCUUCCAUAACUGUUUUGUCAUUGCUUCUUCUCUUUGGGGGGUGGGGGUGGGGUGGGCGUGGGGGAGGAGAGAACGGGGUACCUGGACAUAGACCGGUUUAUCUUAAAGUCAUAAGCGUUUUUUUCUCCAAUUCGUUCACAGGUGUUGGGAGUACAGUCCGAUGUUCUAUUUCCAGUUACACAGCAGAGAGAAUUGGAGACUCUUCUAAAGGAAGCUCGUAAGGAAGGAAUAAACUUUAAUUGCAACUUGAAGCGGGAUUUACUAUAUUAUGUUAUACUCAACUAAAGGAAGAAGAUCUUUCAUUCAUUGCUCACAAUAUUCGUUGCUCUGUAAAAUAAAAAUUGUUUGCAUGGAAGAGCUGAUACUCUAAAUUUUGAGAAAGUCUUUUGUCAGUGGAGAACCCAGCUUACGACUGAACUACCAUCUUAGGAACUCAAGUCCUAGGCUUAGUAUUCGCGACGCCUAUCUGAGCACAAUUAUGUCUUGACUUCUGUUUGGUAGCAUUGAGCUAUUGUAUAAAUCUUAGUUAAGAUGGCUUAAGUGUCCGAGUCUCUAGAACACUACUUUCCUUCUUUCAGAUAACCAUGACGUGACAUAUUAUGAACUUCCUUCUAUUUAUGGUCAUGAUACAUUUCUACUUGAUGUCGUUGCCGUCGGAGCGGCAAUUAAGGUAAGUCACGUGGUUGAAUUAUAAGACACACUUUAAGACAUACACCGCCUCACCAAUGGACGAGAGUUCUUCUGUGCUUUUUAAGGGAGUUCUGUUUGGAAUCAAUAAUGCUUAAAAGUGUCUAUCUGGCCUUAAUGGACCAUUAUAAGGCGUUAAAGCAAGAUUCGUUUGGUUGUUUUCUCUGAUUCCGACCAAACCACGUCAUGUAACGUUAAGUCUUGUCAAAAUGGUUGCGUUUAGGCAGUUUUCGAUAGGAUGUAGCUUUUUCUGAAAUUAAGCGCAGCUAGGUGGCCACUGGUUACCACUGCCGGAAUUUGGUUUAUUUAAAGGCCACAGAUUUACAUCUUUUCACUCCUUUUGUUUACUGUUAUUAGGGUCACAUCGAAACAGACCUGAAGAUUCACGGGGAACGCAAGCUUCCCAUCGUGAACAAGAAGAAAGAUUGAAACCUUAAACAGCAUUGGUGACCUCAAGUCGAGACCUGUAAUGCUGUUUAACUAGCGCACUUUCAAUAUGGUUUUUCUUUAAGUAUACUGAAUGCCAAAGAACGUCAGUCAGUCAGUCACUCACUGCUCAAUAAUGUACCAAGUUCUGCCUUAGACAACAAAACCUGACAUGUCCUAUUUGAUUAUUUAAAAGCGAUCACAGAAUUUUGACCGCCAUGCCACUAGCAACAAUAGUAACGGUCCUUUAUUCAAAAUCAUUUACGGUAAAAACGACGCAAAUAGCAUUGUGCCACUAGAGGCAGGUGUCGCAAUAGGCUCAUUCACAGAAUUUUAGACUGAGAUGAAACGGAUAAACAUACAAACAAACAAAACAAAAAGCUAAGCGAAAAAGUAAAGAAAUUACAUGACUUUCGUAUGAAUUCAAAGAUAAUUAUACGUAGAUAGUAACUCCAGUGAACUAAUGCGUUUUUUAAAACGGCUUCUUAUGUGAGACCAAAAAAACUACGUUAAUAUUUUAAUAGAUGAAAUUAAAAAUAGCUUUGAGGCUAUAACAAUGUUGUAAGUAUUAGGUAAAGGGGCAGCCUGCGAAUACAGCCGUGUCUCCUCGUUCCUCGCUGCUAGGAACGUUUCGCAGGGGAGGCAGAAAUUCCACUCUGAUGACGUAACACCUGUACGGAAUCUGUUCAUGCGAAACGUCCCGAACG